AACAGAGUCUUCUGUCUUUAUUUUCUUCUGUAUUACGCUGACCAAAGACAAUUCUUUGUGCCUGUAGCUGGAAUUUCCCCAUAUGCAACGCUUCUUACUUUAUCUUCUAAUUCUUUAAAGAAGUUUCUUACUUUCAAAUAUCACCGCUCUAGAAAUCUUCUCUUUUUAAUACCCAUUUGACCUUAGUUUCUGGAGAGAUCAGAUCCCUGCAUUCCAAUUCCCAUGGCUGGUCGUUAUGAUAGUAACCCCUUCGACGAGGAAGAAGUGAACCCCUUCGCGAAUCCCGGAAGUGUUCCUGCAGCCACAAAUUCAAGGCUCUCACCUCUUAAGCCAGAGCCUGUUGAUUAUAAUUACGGCUUUGGUGCAACAGUUGAUAUACCCCUUGAUUCAUCAACGGAUUUGAAGAAGAAGGAGAAGGAACUUCAAUCUAAGGAAGCUGAAUUGAGACGAAGGGAACAGGAUGUCAGACGGAAAGAAGAAGCUGCUGCAAGAGCUGGAAUUGUUCUUGAGGAGAAGAAUUGGCCACCGUUUUUCCCAAUAAUCCAUCACGACAUUGCUAAUGAAAUUCCUAUUCAUCUACAGAAAUUGCAAUAUGUUGCAUUUACUACACUGUUAGGAUUAGUGUUGUGCCUUUUUUGGAAUGUCAUAGCUGUUACUGCAGCUUGGAUUAAGGGUGAAGGUGUAAAAAUAUGGUUUCUUGCCAUUAUCUACUUCAUAGCAGGGGUUCCUGGGGCAUAUGUUCUGUGGUAUCGCCCAUUAUAUCGUGCUUUUAGGACUGAAAGUGCUUUGAAAUUUGGAUGGUUUUUCAUGCUUUAUCUGCUUCACAUAGGAUUCUGCAUCUUAGCUGCAGUUGCUCCUCCUAUAGUUUUCAAAGGCAAAUCCCUGACGGGUAUUCUGUCUGCCAUAGAUGUGCUGGGCGACCAUGCUUUGAUUGGGAUUUUCUACUUCAUCGGGUUUGGAUUAUUCUGCAUUGAAACGUUGAUCAGCAUUUGGGUUAUUCAGCAAGUAUACAUGUACUUCCGUGGCAGUGGUAAGGCUGCUGAGAUGAAACGGGAGGCUGCUAGGGGAGCAUUGAGGGCUGCUAUAUGAUUUAUCAAUCUUCUGCAGAAGACACUACGGAUACAUUAUGGAUCAAUGUUGUAUAUUUAAGCCACACUCUUGAAUUUGAACAAAAACUAUUCCACUGAGCAUGAUUUUUGCUUACACCUGUAAUUUUAUUUAUUUAUUUUUAUGUUGUUUAACAUGCUAUCUAUUGUUGUGGUUUGUAAGUGUAUAUGCUGAGAGCAUGGACAUACUAGUGGCUGGUAGAAACGUGCUAUAAUUUAUUGAA